CAAUCCUGUAACUUCGUCCAUACAGCAUCAGUCGUGGUGGUCUUCAUCCUCGAAAACCACUAACAAAGGGAAACCGUUAGAGCGGUCCACCAACACCACAAAGUUUUUCCCUUCUACUUCACACAAAUCCAUGGACACAGCCUCAAUUGGGAAAGAGGCCAUAUCAAUGCCGGAAAAGAUGGGUUUGUGGGCUUGGGAUGGCAAUUUCUUAACACAUUUUUCACACCUAUUGAUCCACAAUUUGAUCUCAUUCCCCAUCCCAGGCCAAUAGUAGACCUCAUUGGCCAGCUCAAGGGUCUGGGUUAUGACCAAAAGAGAAAGAUGGAGCAAUUCCAAAACUGCUCGACGUGCUAGUUGAGGAACGACGACCCAGUCACCGACGAGUACCAGACCUUCCUCCCUUUCUUUGCCAACCCUUGCCUCCUGAGCAAUUUCCCCAUACGUUGAUAACGGAUCCGGAAAUGAAUGUCCACGACAGAUGCAUUCGCACAAAUAGGCACAUUCGUUGUCAAUGUUUGCAAGGAGGAUGUUAAAUGCAGGGUCGACCUCACAAAUAGUUGCGCAUAAGGCUACGUCGAGAGAGGGGUCGGCCGCAAAAACCGGAAAGCAGCUCAAUGCAUCGGCGAUCAAGUGGUUUUUGCCUGCUGACCAUGUUACCGAGAAUGAGUAUUGGUUGAGGUUAUCCGGUAGCCUCUGUACCCGAGAAUUAUUUAGAGCUGCAAAUGGUUUGUGAAAUAUGCCAAGCAGAGUUCGAUGAUCAGUGAUGACCUCAAAUUUUGGCAUGCCUCGUAGAAAAUUUCUGCACCGCAAACCAUAUGGCACUCAACUCCAACUCCACAGUUGCGUAGUUUUUUUUGCGCUGGUGACAAAGUGCAUGAUCCACAUUGGACCAGGCGAAUUUUGCCGUCGCCAUUAAUUGCGGGUUCCCAUUGGAUGAGGGCAAAUCCAAGUCCAUGAAGCUUCAAAGCAGUUGGUAAACUUAGAUUGAACAAUUUAACGACCGCAGGUGACGUCUAUAUUUCUUUGGCUUUACAGAACUCGGACUCAUGCUUGGGUAACCAUAACCAUGCCGACGAUUUUUUCAACAGCUCAUGGAUUCUUACUGUGGCGUGUUGUAGGUCAGUGAUGAACUUUCCACUACUCCUGCUCACACUCCAACCAAUUAGCGACCGAUUGGUGAACAGUAUUACGGAAACAAAAUGAGACAGUGCAGAACAACAACAAACGAGGUCAACAGUGCAAAACGACGGCAAAUGAGACCCCUGCCAUGCAGGGUAAAAGAAAUUCAUAUUUACAAUCUUAUGUUUGUUUGUAGAGUCAAUUAUCUUAGUUUUAAUAUACCAGGUUCUCCCCUGCCUAAUCAGGGAAGAGGCGGACGAGGCCGAGAGGCUCUUGUACAACCUCAACACCAGCAGAAUCAUACACAACCUAGGCCCACAACAAAUCACCGAGUUGACCGCCACAUACCCACAACUGGCAACGCUUGCCAGUAUGGUGAGGUCCAACGUGCACAUACCCCAGGAGGCCCACUCUCGGCCUAUUGUCAAAUCCAGCCGGAGCUGACGGUAACUCGUAAGGGCACGGUCCUCAGAGGGGAGAGAAUAGUCAUCCCCGUCGGCCUUCGGCGGGAGAUUGUGGCCAGGAGCCAUGGCGGGGCUCACUUGGGCUCAUCAUCCAUGAAGCGCCGAAUAAGGGCAGUGGCGUGGUUCCCAACCAUGGCCUCCACAAUCAAGAAAUUUGUCAAAGAGUGCUCAAAGUGCCAAGCAUUUGUCCCAGAACGAGCCAAAGCACCCCCAACAUCGGCGGCACCUCUCCCAUAUGCUUGCCAUGACGUCUCCAUUGACUUGUUUGGCCCAAUCCCAGACGACCGCCAGAUUAUCGUGGUCAGGUGUAACCUCUCGCGCUACCCUGUGGCGGUGCCGGUUCCAUUGGCCUCCAUUCAACACACCAAUGAGGCAAUCAGGUCCAUAUUUGCUGAAUACGGUAGCCCCAAAACCAUUCAAACCGACAAUGCUAACAACUUCACCCGCCAGGAAUUCCAAACAUUUGUCCAAUCCCUGGGAAUUCAUCACCACCCCUCCAUCCUCAAAGCAACCUGGCCAAGUGCGCCAUGCGAUAUGUUGGCAAGGCCGUCAAACUCAGCAAUCAGACCCCCAACGAGUGGAGACAGCCCUAGCCACAGCCCUACAAGACUACCGGGACACGCUCCAUCCGGCCACUGGUGUCAGCCCAUGGGUGGAGGCCAGAGUCGGCGGCCACGCCAAUGUGGUGCCCAACCCAGGCUCCGGGCGGACUUUCACAAGGCACAGGGACCACACCAAGCCGAUACCGACACCCCGACCCGCCCCUGAAGCCACAACGACCAGUCCCACCUCUGUGGAGAGGGCACUGCUUUCAGCCCAGAUCCAAACAAGACCAAAGGCAUCCCCUCCAUGGACCUCUCUUCCUCAGACCUCCCCUUUUCAGUCCACACUUCCUCCAUUCAUCCCACCUCGAUCAGGGGUCAGUGACGGGUUGGACCACCAUCAUAGGAAUGUAACGUCACGGGGCCCACAGCCCAAAAAUAAGAAAACCAUUUGUGAAGUCUGGCUCCCACUUGAGUUGGGUCAGCCCUUGCAAGCAUCCAGCAGAUCAGGGAAAACUCAUAUUAUCCAAAAUUUCCAACCCACCAGGCCGGUCAUAAGAUCCUGCUCCCGGAUGCAAUCCGCACCCCCAGCGCAAAAUGCGGGACAUGAUGAACCUUCCACUACUUCCGCUCACACUCCAACCAAUUAGCGACCAAUUGGUGAACAGUAUUACAGAAGCAAAAUGAGACAGUGCAGAACGACGACGAACAAGAUGAACAGUGCAAAACAACGACGAAUGAGACCCCUGCCAUGCAGGUCAGGUAAGAAAGUGCCCAACUGGUUAUCUAGACCGAGGAAAGAUUGGAGGUCUGUAACUGACUUUGGACUUGAGAAGGCCCUCAAUGCUUCCAGCUUGGUUGGGUCUGGCUUCAGGCCGCCGUCCGACACGAUAAAUCCAGCAAAUAUGACGGUUUUUCCUAUUUCAAACGCAUUGAUGGAGAGCUUAAUUCCGUUUGCGGCACUUUUGCACGACAAUAUAGAGUCGCUCCAAUAACUCAGAUCUUCCAAGGCCAGAUCAGUGCGAAGACUGAACACACCUCCAGAGCCCUUCCAACCCAUAGGUGCAACAAAGGAAUGGUAUUUGCCGUCUGGUAGUAGAAAUGCACACAGAUAUGACGACUCCUCAUCCAAUGGCACCUGAUAAUAUCCAUGGACGGCAUCCAGCUUGGCGAACCAGCGGCUUUCGGGCAAGAUCUGAUGCAUUGAAUCAGGUUUUGGUACAAAAUGUGGGGGGCACACCAAAUCGUGUUUUCUGUGCACCUUUAUCAUCAUGCCGGCCCUUACGAAUUCUUGGCAAAGAUCAUUGGUUGGCUUUUCAUGGUGUACAAAGCUCGAUUUUCAUCGGGCCGCCGGUCAUGGAGCCAGCAGCAUCUCCGAGAGAUGAGGCCAUAAUAUCAGCGGAAUCGACCAAAAAUUUCCCAAUGACCUUAUCCUUGAUUCCACUACCCUUCAGUCUUUCCAUUGCUUGAUAUCCCCCCACUGCUCUGGGAUUCCUCUGAGCAUUGGUGGUGGUCGCAAACCCGUCGGUGGCUUUAGUUGCCAAUAUGACCAUUAAAGCAACUGUCUUCUCCUUGGAGAGACAACGAUGUACGGCAGGGAAAUCAAAGGACAAGAUUCCCAUAGCCUGGAGGUCCCUCUUGCCAAAGAGUGCGUAUUGACCGAUAUCGGGGGAGACUGUUGCGGAUAUUUUGGCCACAGGGCCCCUUCUGACGUCGCCAAAAAAUCGAAACCUUCCCACAAUUUGGAUCAGUGUCCCCUUUGCUGCGCUAAGCAGAGUGUGAGACGGAUCCAAGGUCCUGCCUUGUGGGAAUGCAGAGGUUGGAAAAACCGUUCGGGCCGCCCCCGGGUCAGGCAAACCCUGAAUAACAAAAAUCCCUCUGUCAUCUUCACACACGACCUCGAUUAAAGUCAUUCCGUCAGUAGGGUCGGACGGAUGUGACAGUGUUCGACCGAGCACCGAAAUUAUGACGAGAUAUGAGGAGUUGUGCUACUUCGCUGAUUUUAGUGGUCCAUUCGUCAGUGGCCAUGUCCUUGGCUUCUCCGACAGCCUCUGCUUCAGCCUCGACUACGUUUUCCAAUACUACACCAUCGUAGAGAUCCAUCAUUUCGUUCACUUUGUUCUCAGCCUCCCCAAGUACACGCCAAAGGCUAUCUACAUCGGCCUCUGGUAUGUUUAGAUCGCGGAUCAAAUCCAACUUUUUCGAAAUUUGCACUCGACGGUUGACAAUUUGUUCAUAGAGUCCCAUUAUCACGAAUCGUGUCGAAGAUUUGGAAGGGAGAAGACGAGCUCCUGGGGUGCUCGGUGAACGUAUCGCUGGGUUGAAGUGCAAAAAUAUUGAAGGUUGAUGGGCGUGGUUCGAAAACUAAAACUGCGCCUUGUUAUGUGGGCGUAAUAAAGAUGAAAACGAGAACGAUGGUCAAACGAAGUUUCCAGAUGAAGUACUGAAUUACGAGUGAGCAUUGUGAACAGCAGACGCAUAGAAAGUACAGACGAGUUUAGAGAAUAUCAGAUCCAUAGAAUACUACACUUAUGAAAGUUUCUUGGAGAAAGAUCCAUGAAGUAACAAGAACUGUCUUCGCUGGUCUUUACUAGGAAAAAAUAGUUUCAUGGUAGUACAAGAGUGCAUGUUCAUCUGAGAGGGUUGACCUAAGCAGCUUUCUAACCUCACUUUUUUUCAUGACCUUGAUGAUGUCUUUCUGCUUACUAAGAAACACUUCAUUUCUGAAAUUGACCACCAUCAAAAUAGUAUAGGAACAAUUAAAGAUAAAAAGAUAAAACUGACAUAUUUAUUGCGAAAUAUAUACAUGUCUAAUAGAAUAUUUUAAUUCUAUAUAUACAGUACAUUCAAAUGUAAAAGAUAUCAAAGCUAGCGAAAUAUAAACGAGGAUAAAGGACAAGGAACAAAUCAAUUUGACAAAGUUCAAGAACACACAAAAAUUGCAUUGCGAUGUAAAAACAUAUUUCUCACAAUUCGUUUCAUAAAAAAAAUAAAUUGUCAGAGAAGACUAACAAAUGCGAUUUUGAAUGUGGUUGAAUAAUUUUUGGCAUAGAUCAGAACUUUAGCUCCAUGACAAAUGGAAAUUAUUUUUUCUAAAAUUUUCGGAGUUUCCAUAAGGGCAAAAGUCUUAAGUCAGUUUAAGUUUAAGUGCUUUCAGUUCAAUGUAUUAUUUAAUUAUUAUUGCCAUAUUUCCCUAAUAGAUUUUUACAACCGUACUUAACGCAAAUAUCGUAGAUGUGUCACAUGUAUUGGAUAAUUAUGAUGCUACUUUUUAAUGUUGAUCCUGUUGAUUAUAAAAUAUUGGUUUAAAGUUUGGUUUUGAUGUAUGGUUUGAAAGGCUUUUUUAAAUUCUAAUUUGGAAAUUUGAAAAUUCAUGAGCCAUUUGCGUUUCGAGGACACACUUCAUCAAACCUGGUGCUGUGUUGGCCUUACCGCCAAUCUUCAUUAAAUAAUUAAUAGAAUGAUGUUCCCUGAAAUACUCUCGAAUAACUUCAUCGUCGCUUGAGCAUGCAUGCUCCUUUUUCUGAAGUUCGAAAUUCACGAAUUGGUAUCCUUUUGAUUUACUCAGAUGUUCAAGUUUUUUGUUAGGGCCUACGUAUUUAAGUUGUGAUUCGCAAAUACAUUUUUGGGUCAAGAUUUAGUUCAAAGAUGUUUCACUAGGAACAUCACAGGAUUGAGAGAGCUCUCAUAUUGGGAGAGACGAAACAAGUUGAGACUGUACAGUGUGCAGAGAAGGUACGAGAGAUAUCUGGUACUGUACGUUUUUUCAAAGCAUCCAUGAGCUUUCUCCCAACCCAAGAUUUAGGGUCAAUUCUAGUGAUCGUCGAGGCUUAAUGUGCGUCUUGAGAGCACCUUCAAGCCCUCAAGAAUGCAGGCUAGUUCGAACAAUCUUCUUUCUUGGGCUUCUUCAGUGCUUAAUUUGCUUCCCUCUAAUAUUCGCGGGGAAUACGUAGGCCUUGUUGAUCCGGUAGCAUUUUUCAAGUCAGACUUGGACAAAUUUUUAGAUAGCAUUUCAGAUCAACCUUACAUUCAAGGACUAGCUCGGGUGCAACUCCAAUUCAUUGGUACAUCAAAUAUCAUGAAAAUACUGAAAGGUAAUAGAACAAUGUUAUUGUGAACAAAUUAACCUAUUUGAUUCAAUAAGAAGUGUUGACACCACUCCACUUUCUAACAUUAUUAGUUCUGUUUGAGGCCUUUGGUGAUCAGCCCAUAAACAUUAUUUUGACAUCUCGAGGUUUAGGCCGUACUUUCGAAUGUCAAUUUUUUUUUGGUUUGUUUUUUCACGGGCUUUUCUAACCGCUACAAGGAGUGUUAUCCCCAGUACUACCAAAAUGAAACGUUAUAAUUCGUCUUAUUUUU